AUGACACCACUCCCUGCUACACACAAUUUAGCGGAAGAAUUAUACAACGAAUCCCAAAUUAGAACAAAAAACAGUGAUGAGCGGUUAUUUGGAGUGAUAAAAAGGCGUUUUUCUGUAUUAUCUAUUGGAAUACGAGUAGCUAUCCCGAAAGUGAAAAAUGUUAUUGUGGCAUCAUGUGUACUGCACAAUAUCGCAAUCCACUUUAAAGAACACGAGCCCUCUGUAGAUCCUGAUGUCAGGAUACCAAAUUUAAAGCAGCCUGAAGUUCUUAACGAGCCUUUCAGAAUGGAAAAUGCUCGACAGCAGUUAAUUGAAAAUUAUUUCGUUCCGCUGGCUAGAGGAGGAGCUGGGAGAUAGUAUACAACUAGUCUACUUUGAUAUCAGUGUGAUCGCAAAACAUGCAAAUUAUGAAAAAAACUACAGAUUGAAUCACGAGAAAAAUUAAUGCAUUACAAAUUUAUUAUUAGUAUUUGAAUGGCUGAAUAACUAAAAAAUAAGUU